CACCCAGGUCACCAUGAGACCAAGACAAGGCACCAGGACUUCUGCCAGAGACCCAGAGCUGUUCCCCCGCCCUGCCCAUACAGCAGCCACAGCCCCCAGGCUAGCAGAGGCCCCAGAUGUCCCUAACUCUUCUCACAAGACAUCAGAGCCCAGGACCCGUGGGUUUUAGGACCCCAAUGGAGGGCAAUAAUGCCCCAGAUUCCAGUCCUGGAAGGGAUUAGAAGGGCCCUGGCUGUGCUGGGCUGGCUAUGUCUCAGCAGAUUACAAGCAGUAAGACAAGGGUGCCUUUGUGGUGGCCCUGGCUUAAGCAGUCAAGUGACCACGCAGCAGUCUCAGAUAUGGGCAGGGCCAAUUUCCAAGGGUGGACAGGUGCCCUGGCCACGGGGUCUCUUGAGCAUCCCCCAGACCAGGCCUAGACCUUGGUGGGACUGCCUGGCUAACCGAAGCCCUCUAACCCAAGCCACCUGCUGCCCCUCAGUGCAGCCAUGACCAUCACCUACACCAGCCAGGUGGCCAAUGCCCGCCUGGGCUCCUUCUGUCGCCUGCUGCUCUGCUGGCGCGGCAGCAUCUACAAGCUUCUCUAUGGCGAGUUCCUCAUCUUCGUGCUGCUUUACUACAUCAUCCGGUUCAUCUACAGGCAGGCCCUCAACGAGGACCAGCAGGAGAUAUUUGAGAAGCUGAGCAUGCACUGCGACAAUUACAUCGAGCUCAUCCCCGUGUCCUUCGUGCUGGGUGAGCGCCCCUCCGGCCGCCCGGGGCCAGCGGGUGGGGGUCGGGUUUUCAGGGACGGGCGCUCCUCGGCCCACUGCCCCGGGCACCGAGCUCGCCACAGCCGCCCUCGCCCGCGCCCCGCCUCCCCAGGCUUCUACGUGACGCUGGUUCUGACGCGCUGGUGGAACCAGUACGAGAACCUGCCGUGGCCCGACCGCCUCAUGAGCCAGGUGUCGGCCUUCGUGGAAGGCUCCGACGAGGACGGCCGCAUACUGCGGCGCACGCUCAUGCGCUAUGCCAUACUGGGUCACGUCAUCAUCCUGCGCAGCGUCAGCGCCGCCGUCUACAAGCGCUUCCCAAGCCUGCAGCAUCUGGUGCACGCAGGCUUCAUGACCGCCGCGGAGUAUAAGAAGCUGGAGCAGCUGAGCCUGCCCCACAACAUGUUUUGGGUCCCCUGGGUGUGGUUUGCCAACCUGGCCAUGCAGGCCUGGCACGGAGGCCGGAUCCGCGACCCGGUUCUGCUGCAGAGCCUGCUGAAUGAGAUGAGCAUCCUUCGCACUCAGUGUGGACUCCUGUAUGGCUAUGACUGGAUCAGUAUCCCAUUGGUGUACACACAGGUGGUGACCGUGGCGGUGUAUAGCUUUUGUCUAGCCUGCCUCCUGGGCCGGCAGUUUCUGAUUGAGGAAAAGGCCUAUCCAGGCCACGAGAUGGACCUGGUAGUUCCCAUUUUCACGUUCCUACAGUUCUUCUUCUACAUGGGCUGGAUGAAGGUGGCAGAGCAGCUCAUCAACCCCUUUGGAGAGGAUGAUGAUGACUUUGAGAUCAACUGGAUCCUGGAUAGGAACCUGCAGGUGUCCCUACUGUCUGUGGAUGAGAUGCACCAGAAUCUGCCCCCCCUGGAGCGGGACAUGUACUGGAACAAGAUGGAGCCUCAGCCCCCCUACACGGUUGCCACCUCGCAGUCCCGUCGUACCUCCUUCCUGGGUUCCACCUUCAACAUCAGCUUGCAGCUGGAAGACAUGGAGUUCCAGCCAAUCAAGGAGGAGGCUGAGGCCCAUCAAGAAGUCAUUGGCCGCUUUCUCGGGCAUCAGCUCGGUGACCACCCUCGGCGGAAGCAGCUUAAUCAGAAGAAGAAACUUUUACGCCACCACCACAGCCGGUUCCGGAGUGUCCCACAGCACCCGUGGGCCCAGGAAGAUGGCAAGCUCCGACCCAUGGACACCUUCAAGGCGGAUACCCUGUACCAAACGCCUGGCUACUACAGCGCCCCACCGACACCCCUCAGCCGCUCCCCCAUGAGCUUCCCUGAGCUAUUUGAACUCAGCACACAUCAGGACACCUCAGGCACACACGCCAAAGACCAGAGCCUGAAGCUGGCAGAGUCCACGGCCAACUGUUAUGAGCUGCUCCCUGCCAUUGACAGGGCCUUAGAGGAACCCAUAGGGGUCCGUCCCUCCAGGAAGAAUACAGACCUGACGGAUAUGCCAGCACCCCCGGAAGGUCACCUCCAAGGGCCAUGCUUGGAGCAGUCCCCUAGCAACCUGAUCCCUGCACCCAGAGACCUGGCAGACCCCUACUGGGCCUUGGAAAACAGGGACACCUAAUCCUGACCCACCUCAGGGGCCGAAUCACCAGCCUGGUCCUCACCUGCGUGUACACCAGGACACUGGUCCACUCAUAGCCACACAGCUGUCUACACUGCAGAGUAUGCUCCUGUGACAUCCUGAAUGCUGAGCAUAGCAAGGAAGAAUAAAGGAGCUCAGGACUCCUUCAGCUCUUAGCUGCUUUUUUACCGAGUCCUAUCCUGUAAGCCAGAACAAACUCCACACAGGAAACACAUAGCUCAGUUCGCGUACUGCAGGACAGUGAGUCCCCCUCAGUCCUGGCUGGAUCAACACUCCCACACCGCUGCUUCCCAAGCUGAGAAUUUAAUAAACGUGAGUAUGUAUUC